AUGCAUAUAUAUCGACGACAAGCCAGGAAGCUGGCCUGGUACGACAAUGACGGCGAACCGUCUUCGCAUAAUCCCUUCAAGAAGUUCCGGGCGCGACCGCGGCGGACCAACUCCAUCCAGCUGGAGAACCGACUUACUCCUGUCGUUUCUGAAGGUGGUCUGCGACUCUCAGAGGAGCGCCGGCGUCGGAGAGAUAUGACCGACGGGUUAGCCGGUCCAGAGCAUGCGGACACCUUUCCUCCUCAGUCUGCGGGAACCGAUCAGUUCAAUCGUGUCGACAGCGCCGAGAAGGCAGAUACCGAACGGUCCCUGCGCAGCCAAGACCCGAUUCAUGUGCCGCAGCCCGACCAGCCCGACGAGACACGACCCCGAAAGCGAAAGACCUUUCUGAACAACACUUUCCGAUCCAGCGCCGACGAAGAUCGCAUGACUGCCGACUCGAGCAAGGGUAUGCCCGACAAGCAAAAGUUCACUGCGGUUGGACAAUUGAAAGCCACGUUGUUUAAUUCCUGGAUCAAUAUCCUACUCUUCGCCGCACCCGCGGGCAUUGCCUUGAAUUAUGUCGAUGUCAAUCCGGUGGCCGUGUUCGUGGUCAACUUCAUUGCGAUCAUCCCCCUUGCUGCCAUGCUGAGUUAUGCGACCGAGGAAAUCGCCAUGCGCACUGGUGAGACCAUCGGUGGUCUUCUGAAUGCCACCUUCGGUAACGCGGUUGAACUGAUUGUCGCAAUUAUUGCUUUGGUCGACGGAGAAGUGGUUAUUGUGCAGACAUCUCUGAUCGGUAGUAUGCUGUCCAACUUGCUCUUGGUUAUGGGCAUGUGUUUCUUCUUUGGCGGCAUCGAUCGCCUUGAGCAACACUUCAAUCCGGUGGUUGCGCAGACUGCGGCCAGUCUUCUGGCCUUAGCCGUGGGAAGUCUGAUCAUCCCGACCGCUUUUCAUGCGUGGUCGGAGGCGGGAGAGACUGGCAUCGCAGAGUUGUCCCGAGGCACUAGUGUUAUUCUUCUGGUCGUUUAUGGAUGUUACCUAUUCUUCCAGCUCAAGUCGCACACGGAAAUCUACAAUGCCCCUAGCCCCAAAGUGGAAAGAAGGCGGCAGCGAGUUAACGAAGGCGACGCCAGCCGGGGUAUCGCGCAGAUCGGUAAGAUGACGGCCUCGAUGGCCGGCGGGCACGCCCAGAACGUGGAACUUCAGGAACCGGACGAUGAGGAGCAGCCUCAGCUGAGUAUAUGGGUGGCCGUGCUGACGCUGGUGAUUUCGACUGUCUUUGUCGCUCUUUGUGCCGAGUUCAUGGUCGAUUCCAUCGAUGCUCUCACGAAAGAGGGCCAUAUCUCGGAGACCUUUGUGGGAUUGAUUCUUCUUCCGAUCGUGGGUAACGCGGCAGAGCACGCGACGGCUGUCACCGUUGCCUGCAAAGACAAGAUGGACCUCGCAAUCGGUGUGGCCGUAGGCUCAAGCAUGCAGAUCGCACUACUGGUGCUGCCCUUGAUUAUCGUGAUUGGUUGGGGCAUGGGCAAUGAUGAUAUGACCCUCUAUUUCGACGGUUUCCAGGUGAUCCUACUGUUCGUCGCUGUUCUUCUGGUCAACUAUCUCAUCGCCGAUGGUAAAUCGCACUGGUUGGAAGGCGUUCUCCUGAUGAUGAUGUACUUGAUCAUCGCCGUGGCAGCAUGGUUCUAUCCUAGCAAGACCACUGUUUCCUGAGCGUAUCCGAUCGGGGGUCAGAUGUCCACACCAACUCGACCAG